AUGACCACUCAACAAUCAUCAUCACAGGCAACAGAAGCCGACAUCUACAAAUUCAUAUCCACAUACGACUUCUCCUCAGACCUCGAAUUCCGCAAAGGUCUAGGCACAAUCUUGGGUCAUCCAGAGCAACCAGCGUCAGACGCGGAGGUUGCUGGUGCUGAUGAUGUUGUGUUCCAGGCGAAGUGUUUUUAUAUUUCUAGAAAACAGAAUAUCAGUCCGUCUAUAGAUUUAAAGAACUAUAAGAAUUGGCUCAGAGAACAUGAUGAGCUCAACACAACAACGGAGACGGCAGCCGAAAACAGUAAUACUGAAGAUUCCAAUGCUGCAGUGGCAACAUCGUCAACACAGCCGACUUCAGCACCUCCUCAAGAAGAGAAAAAGGAAGGCAAAGAUGUUGAACCGGCGUACCCACCAUCUUUUGCUCACAUUGUCGAAUUAAUCACCAAUAAUCAGCCGAUACCUGGAAUUGAGGAAAUUCCAGAUACAGUCUUGGCAGGUCACGACGAACCCAGCAAAGUUACAAAGAGGCGCAAACCUUGGGAGAAAGAUGUUGAGGUUGAUGUGGUUGGCAAUGAUACUCAAGUUUAA